AUGUAUGAUGCUCCUCCUCCUUAUUCAGAAAUAGACUUGAAUGCAAAUGCUCCACCAGAUCUACCCAAUAGAGUCCGAAGGCAGCCAGAAACUCCUGCUCCAGGAAAUGCAGGACAACAAAAUGACUAUCUUUAUGCAGCACCUCCUGUUCACCAUGCAAGGUAUAACAGGCGUCCAAUGAUACCCCCAGUGAGACCUCCAGCUAUUCCUCCUGUAAGGAUAGAGAAUGAGGAUGAGGAUGAGUACGCCCCACCUCUACCAAGAAGACCACCUUCUUCAAGUCCAUCUUCACCAUCAUUAGCAGUACCUCCUCCUCAAUUGCCUCCAAGAUCUAGGUCUGUAUCACGACAUUCUUCCCUUAAUAAUUCACAAAUUGAAAUAUUACGGUCAUCUACGAGUCGUCCAAAUGACGCAGAAGAAUCAAUUAUAUCUGAUCUCCAAAGUAAUCUUAAUUCAAUGAAUAUAGUUGACUCCUCGAAAAACCUUUUAGAUUUUAAGUUAUCAAACUCAGAACCUUUAUCGAUUUUCGCAAGGAAAUCACAUGAAAUUCCAUUACCAAUGAAUUUAAAUAAAAAUGGGUCGGCUCUACAUACCAAUAAAUUCUAUGCUAAUUUGUUUUUAGGAAAUCAAACAUGUCCAAUAUGGACACAUCCAUAUUCAUUAUGGUUUUCUAAAGAACAAGAUUCCUUGGGUAUAGCAAUCAAUCAUAUAAAGGCAUCUCAAAGAGUAUUUUCAGAUGAAAUACCUUCGAAAUUUUUCUUUUGCCCCACUAACAUCAAAGCUUUCAUUUUCAGCUCCAUAGAAUUCAAUAUUACUGAAAUGCCAAAAUUGGGAUUUGCAGGUUGUAACCAUAUGUCAAUCCAAUUGCAAUUAAAGAAAAAUGAUUCACAAUUCAUUUGGUUCCCAUUAGUUCAAGGAAUGGGGUUCGUCACGGCAAUAUAUUAUAACCUGACUCCGAAAUUCCAAUCAAUGAUCGGGUUUAAAUCAAUCACUCUAAUAACUAAUAAUCAAUCAUUACCUAUUAAUGUGUCAAAAUAUCGAAUAUUGUUACAAGAUGAUAGAAUUUGGACAUUAUAUAUUACAUUACCAGUAGGUUCAGAAACUACAUUUCGCAUGAGUUUAACUCAAAUAGAUGGUAACACCAUUGUAGCGGAUAAAUCGAUUUCUGGAACCAUCGUUCAAAUUAUCCCCGAAUCACAUGAUCAAAUUGAUCGCUUAGCUGGUUCGUACGUAAUGGAUUGUACUGUAGAAUCAUACGCCAUCAAUGAUAACACUGAUGAACUAAAUUAUAAACUAAAAUAUAAAACAUCUAGCCAAACAAAACCAAGCCCGAACACCCUAAUUUUUGCUUUACCUCAUCAUAUUGAUGUAAUGACUCAACAAACCUUAAAUACUCGAACUGGCAUUAAACUAGAUUCCACAGUAAUGGGUGAAAUGGAAGCGUUUAUUACCACUGAAUUCAAUAUGAACUUGUCUAUCCCAACAAACUUAAAUUUCAAUCCAUUCACAACAAUCCCUGGCAAAAAUAAUAAUAAUAAUAAUAAUAUACAUUAUACGCCAGAAAUAUUACAAUCGAUACAUAAAGCAGCAAUAAAUGAAUCACAAAAUGACAUCCUUACUGAAUCAAACCUUGAUUCUAUGUAUUUCUCAGGUAAAAUCUUAGCCAAAUAUGCAUGGAUCCUAUAUGUUUCUCACUUCAUCUUACAUGAUUCUAAUAUCACUAAUCGAUUAUUAAUCAAUUUGAAAAAAGCCAUACAAAGAUUCAUUUCCAAUACUCAAAUUUUACCAUUAAUGUACGAUACAAUUUGGGGAGGGAUCAUUUCAUCAGGGACAAGUUCACAAGAUUUUGGUAAUAGUUUUUAUAAUGAUCACCAUUUCCAUUAUUCUUAUCAUGUAAUCACUGCUUCCAUUAUUGCCUUGGUGGAUAAUGAUAUCAAUGCUGAUGGUAAUGGAUCAUCUUGGUUAAUACAGAAUAAAGAUUGGGUAGAAUGUCUCAUUAGAGAUUAUUGUAACCCAUCAAUUGAUGACCAAUAUUUCCCACAGUUUAGAUCAUUCGAUUGGUUUAAUGGACAUUCUUGGGCUAAGGGUUUAUUUGAAAGUGGUGAUGGAAAGGAUGAAGAAUCAAGCUCAGAAGAUGUUAAUGCAUCGUAUGCUUUAAAAUUAUGGGGGUUGGUUACAAAAAAUAAUAAGUUAGAACAAUUGGGGAAUUUACAAUUAGGAAUCUUAAGGGGAUCAUUGAACCAUUAUUUUUUAUAUUCAAAUGAUAAUAUCACUGAACCUAAAAAUUUCAUUGGUAAUAAAGUCAGUGGAAUCCUAUUUGAGAAUAAAAUUGAUCAUACAACAUAUUUUGGUAACGAAUUACAAUAUAUACAAAUGAUUCAUGCUAUACCAAUCACUCCGGCUUCAUCUUUUAUAAGAUCCCCCAAAUUUGUUGAAGAAGAAUGGGAACAGAAAUUAAUUGGCAUUGUAGGUGAUAUAAAUGACGGUUGGAAAGGAAUCAUUAUGCUCAAUGUAGCAUUAUUUGAUCCGAUUAUGUCAUUUUCAUUUUUCAACGAUCCCGAAUUUAAAUCAGACUUUUUAGAUAAUGGUCAAAGUUUAACUUGGUCUUUAGCAUAUUCUGGAGCAUUUUAUUAA